GCCCGGUCGCGUGGAAAAAAUGACGGCAGAUUGAAUUAUAAACCACAUGUGGCGAAGUUCCAAGCUACCAGACCAAGAACGGCAAAGCGUCAGUCGGUGACAUUAGAGGCGAACGAAAGUAUACCAGCCAUUUUACACCGGCCGACACGUCGAUCCAUUUCCGGCGAAAGAAUGACACACGAGACGACGGAGGCGUCACGUUCGUUCGAUCGACGCAGACGACAGACCAGUUCGUUUAGCAACGCAUCCGUCUGAAAAGAGCUAAUUGAACGUUCACCCUGCUGCCGAGACUUUCACUGCGGCCGCCUUCCACAGACGCCAGCGUCGCGGAGCGUCCAACUUUGCGUCUCGCGUUAGCGUCGAGAUUGACCGGAAGCCAUCAGCAGAGGAAGACGCGGUUGAAAUGAAAGUUUCGAGGAUCUGGCAGUUGGUCCCGUUGCUGAUCAUAUCUGCUCCCAGCGUGUUCUCAGAGGACAACGUAUGCGCGAGAACGGAAAAUUACACGGUCACGUUGAAGGAAACGUACACGAAGCCAGUCAUCGUGAAUACGUUCACCUGGUGCCUGAAAAUUCCACCCAGAUGCGAGAAGACACGAACGGAGAUGAGGCAGCUUUAUCGCGUGAAGACAGAGUCGAAGACCAGGAUCGUAAAGGAGUGCUGCGAUGGCUACGAAAUGGCUUCGCCCAGCGACGAGGAGGACAUCAGGUGCGUGCCCUCUUGCGAAAAAUGCCUGUCAGGGGUUUGCGUCUCGCCGAAUCGAUGUCAGUGUAUUCCCGGCUACCAGGGUGACAGCUGUGACACCGUGUGUCCGCCGGGCACGUGGGGCACCCAUUGCAGAGAGAAGUGCAACUGCAGCAGCGAGGACGUAGCUUGCGAUCCCAUAAAUGGCCACUGCGUGACGUGUCCGACAGGAUUACGUGGACAGAUGUGCAGUGAGCCGUGUCCGAGCGACCGUUGGGGCCCGGGAUGCGCGUUUCCAUGUGACUGCGGGGUACCGGCGAACGAAUGUGACCCAGAAACUGGCCGCUGCAUCGAGGAUAAGAAAGUUCCCGUGGAGAACGCGAGCCAUCCUGAAAAGGCCGAGGAGAACAGCGUGACUGUCAAUUUCGCUGUCAUACACCUCGACGGAGAGUCUUCGAGGAUUUGGGAAACCACGGAGAACAUGACCAUAGAUGGCCGCGAGACACUCGGCACCACGGAUAAUCCUGGGAAAACAACGAGUCCGGAAACCACGACUGUCUCGACUUCGAGUCUGACAGAUGUCAGGACGAAAGCUCACAGGGAGGACAAUCCGAGCACCACCAGGCCCGUGAUCGUUUUGGUCUCCGUUCCGGAUAGAAGGAGGAACUUGGAUAAGGAUAGAGGGAAAUUCGUGAUGAAGAACCCGUUCGCGAGACACGUCGAUGACAAUGACAUAGGACCGCCGAAAAUCGAUUAUGUCAAGAACAUUCACACAGAGGUUCCAGCACCCCCGAUUCCCUUGGACAUCGCCCUAAUAGUGAUAGCCCUGAUCGUAUCACUGGGAGUGACCUCGGUAGCCGUGGUGAUGGUUCUCCACAUGCGUGCGAAGCUGCUGGAAGCAGCCAGACUGUCAAUCUACGAGGAACAGAAGAACCAGCAGAAUUCGACCAAGAUCUCGUCCAUAGUGACCGGUACUCUUCCACAAACUCCCAUUCGCCUGGUACCCCUGUUCGCCUCGACUCCUGACCCCAGAACUAUGUCAACGAUGGACAACGAUGACCUGUCUAACUACGCCAAUGGUGCAGCUACGAUUGGACUUCGUAUAUCUGGCAAUCUUCAUGGUCUCCUGCAAGAGGACCACUACGACCGACCCCCAGCAACGCGUCUUCACCUGCAAAGCGACUUCGACGCGAACAUGGAGCACGUCUACGACGAAAUUCCCCUGCAAUCGAGCCCUUUGAGUUCCCGCAAGAACGCGUGAUGGGGGCCCGACGUCUGACAUGUCUCUGCAGCCAGCA